GCGCAGGCGCGGCAGCCAUUUCCGACGCGGCGGUGAAGGUUCGGGCGCGGCCGCAGCGCCCGGUUCCUGCCCGCCGGCUGGGCCUCGCCGCCCCCCGCCCCGCCCAGCGGUUGCCUCCGGCCCGCCGCCCGGUGCCGGUUCCCGUGCCCUGUGCUCUCCUGCCGGCGCGCUGCCCUCUGCCCCUGGCGCGUCCCCGGCACCAUGUCUCGAAGAUAUGACUCCAGAACUACCAUAUUUUCUCCGGAAGGUCGCCUGUACCAGGUUGAGUAUGCCAUGGAGGCCAUUGGCCACGCGGGCACUUGCCUGGGAAUUCUAGCAAACGAUGGAGUUCUGCUGGCAGCAGAGCGGCGCAACAUUCACAAGCUUCUCGAUGAAGUGUUUUUCUCAGAGAAAAUAUACAAACUUAAUGAGGAUAUGGCGUGCAGCGUUGCAGGAAUAACUUCAGAUGCCAAUGUUCUAACAAAUGAGCUGAGACUGAUUGCACAGAGGUAUUUGUUACAGUAUCAAGAGCCCAUUCCUUGUGAACAACUAGUAACAGCACUGUGUGAUAUCAAGCAGGCUUAUACACAGUUUGGAGGAAAACGUCCUUUUGGUGUUUCAUUGCUCUAUAUUGGCUGGGAUAAGCAUUAUGGAUUUCAGCUGUACCAAAGUGAUCCUAGUGGAAAUUAUGGAGGGUGGAAAGCCACAUGCAUUGGGAAUAAUAGUGCUGCAGCCGUGUCAAUGCUGAAGCAAGACUACAAAGAAGGGGAAAUGACCUUAAAGACUGCCCUGGCAUUGGCCAUUAAGGUUCUAAACAAGACCAUGGAUGUCAGCAAGCUCUCUGCUGAGAAAGUUGAAAUUGCAACACUGACAAGAGAGAACGGAAAGACAGUAAUAAGGGUUCUGAAGCAAAAGGAGGUGGAACAAUUGAUAAAACAACAUGAGGAGGAGGAAGCAAAAGCUGAACGUGAAAAGAAGGAGAAAGAACAAAAAGAGAAGGAUAAAUAGAAUAUGAAAUCAAGUGUUCUCUAGAUAAUAAAGGACCUGCUUCAGCAAAAGAUGAUCUGGAUUUUUGUGCUGUAGAAGCCUUAGAGCUAUGCCAUGGAGGACCCAGAAGUACUUUUGAUGAAUCAGGUCCUUAGUCAUCAUUUAGAUAAUUAGUUUACUGCUCCUUACAUUGACCAAUAAUUGCUUUAAUUCUUGAACACUCUUUCUUUCAUCUUCUAUUUUUUAUUAUGGAAUAAAAUUUAAGAAGAAUAGUGAUGAGUGUCUUUAUUUCCUCAGUAAUGCCUGGAUAUGCACAAUCUUGAGGAAUUUAAUUGCUUUAAACCAUUAAAACAAGGUAUAUGCUAGUUGGUAAAGAACAAAUAUGGUGUUAGAAUUGUUAGAAUUUUGUGUGUAUGUGUGGGUUUUCCUUUAAAGGUAGUGAAAAGAGCUCCUAAGUUUGAAAAGUCAUUUCACAAAUACAGAAUUAAAGUGUGCUGGCAUGCCAAGUUUUAGUUUUGGCCUAUUUUGUUCUAUAGCAGGCUCUGUCAAACUGAUGGUCUUGCAAGCAGUAGUGUUUUAAAAAUGCCCUGUAGCAAAUGUGUUCAGUUUAUCAUAGCCUUCACAAGUGCAUGUGUUUUCUAAGGAAUUAAUCAUACAACACAAGUUAUAUUCACACAAACUAGAAAGACAUUUUACAAAGGCCAUGUGAAAAUGCUUUAUCUUGUCAAAGUACAAAUAGGUAAGUAAAAUAGUGCAUGAUUUUUAGGCCAUGUUGACUACUUCACAUUUUAUCCUGAAAGGAAAUUAAGAUGUUUUAUGUUUAGUUGAGGGUUGCUGAUACUUCCCCAGUGAAUUUGAUUCCUUUCUCUGACACACCAGUCAAAAAAACGAACCAGUUAACCACCAAUUAAUUGUGCAUUAAUUAGGAAUCAUAGUCAUUUUUGUCCAGCUUGCCCCACUACUGAAUGCAAAAACGUAUGAUUGUCAGAUUAGCAAAAAUCUCUUCUACUUCUGAAAAAAAAGUGAUUUGGAGUGAACAAAAGAAAUAAAAAGUUACUGAAAAUUGCUGUGUACCCAUUCAGAUAUCGAAAGGAAAGUGAAAAGCCUGAGUGCUUAAAAGUGAGGCCUUGCUGAAUUUCAAACCAUAACAGCAGUGAUCCAGCCCAUUUGUGCCCACCCUGGAUUGUAUUGAUCUUGUAAGGUUGGUUUGGUUUUCCUACCCCAAAGGAUGUAUACAGGAUUUAAUAGGACCAUUUAAAGAAACAGAGCGAAUCCAUCCAGUGUUUUGUUGGUUUAAUCCAUCUCAGACAUUUUUUACUAAAAUGUACUUUGUCAACAUGGCCAGAAAUGACCCUUCCUCCCGACUAAACCCAUUUUUGAGUUCACUGCUGUAAGAGUCACUGUGGAGAACAGAGGGAAGGAAUCUGACUCAAGAUGUCUGUGCUGCAGCUUGUGUAGUUGUCCUGCACUCACUCUGGCAGCCUCUGUUCAGAGAGGGGGGAGGCUGUGGGUUCUCUGCAGGACCUGCUUGGUCAUUCUCUAAGCCUUGGUCAGCCCAAUUGCUUUAGUCUUUAGCACUGAACUUGGAUAGCACUUUGUUAAUACACACAUUUUAUAGCUAAUGAAAGUUCUACUGACUUAUUUACACCUUGUGCUACAGUAGGUCUUCCAAAUAACAACAUAGGAAUGGUAUUUCAUGUAACAAGUCCUGAAUAGUUGCAGACAACAUGCAAUGGGUAAUAUUUAAUCUCCAUUAUAAAGGAUUGUAUAAAUACCUCAAGCUCCAUUUUAUGGAAAAAUUCAGUGCUCAAUCUUUCUAUUUUUUGAUACCAUGAAUGCAAUAUAUCAGCAUCUUUUGCAGAUUUCUGGAUCGCUGAUGAUGGUUACACAAGUACUUGGAAAAUGCUCUAAAAGCAGCAAUGCCAAAAUGGAGUUUUUUCUCACUUCUCAAAGAUUACUUGCAACAAUAUGGGAUAGAUUCCAGCAAUGCUUUCUGUCUUCUGGGAAAGUGUUAGUGCAUCUGAGAUUGUGUUCAUCAAUGUAUAUAGUUCAUAAAAGGCAGUUUGUUUAGUGUAAUAGUGUAAGUAUUAUCAGAUAUCUUAGAAUAUAGACUUAGUAAAAUAUUUUUCUUAGAAGCAUUUUUUCUAAAAAAAUGGGGAUAAAUCAUAUAUGCAUAUUUUGGUUUAAAGAAUUACCAAUAUCAUUUUCUUGCCAAACAUGGCAUCAUUUGCUGGUAAAGGAGAACUUUUUAGAUACUGUAAUAAUAAAAAGUUGGAAUGACUUUAAUAAAUGUAUUGAAGCAUUGUAAUAAGUUUUAAAAGAUCUAUUUAUUUAAAGGUUUUGUUUGCACAAAGUGGAAGAAGUAUUGUCUAAUACUUCUUGAGUAUAAUCUUUGAACAGUAAUUACCAAUUUAAUUUAAAAAACCAUCAUCUCUCCUGAGUGCCAUUAAUAGCUGAUUGUGAGCUGAGCCUCAGUACUGCCUUGGAAUAGGCAAGUAACUCUAGCUGGCAGUCAUGUCCAAGAUGUACAGCCAAGUUCUCCUAACCAAAAUUUAAUUUGGGAUUAGUUUCUGCAUUUGAGCCUAGGGCAGUAAGCAGAUGCUGGAGAUCUUUCUUUAUUAGAAUCUUCCUGAGCCAUCUGGACACUAAUGCAAGUUUCUUUCCUGUUCUUCCUAGAAAUAAGAGCAGUGUUUGACUGCAUUGGCCUGUUGUAUUGAUUCUGGCUUUGUGUGUUAAAAAAAAAAAUUAAAAAAAAAUCACCACCAACUGUGCCUUUUCUGGGAGUGGUUUGGGGAUAAGUCGUAAGAACAGAAAAAUGAUUCUGGCGAUACAUUUGAGGUAUCUUUGCUAAUCAAAAUGAUCUUCCUGUUCUUUGUAUGGUUUUUUUUGGUGUACGUAGUGUUUACAUAGAGUUUACAGUGUAAUACAUAAGUAUUUAAAAUAUUUAGCUAUUGCUGUGGAUUUAAUGUUCUUUUAAAACAAGAUCUUCAUGUGGUGCUGUGGAAGGUGACAGAUUUUUCCAGUUAGGUAAAAGUAUUUACUUAAUAUUGUUUGCAUAAUAGGAUGUUUGUAAACUUAAAAAACUGGUUAGCUUAUAUCUCACUUGAGUGCAUGAUUGAUAGAACUUGUUAGGGCAAAUAUGCAAAUAUUCACAAAUAGAUUGUCCUAAGAAAUUGUAAUGUGGUUUGUUAUUCUAAGUAGUUUAAGAGAUAAUGAAACUACUGCUUCUCCAAUAAUUACCUGUGCUGUCUCUUGCAUCUGUCAGUGUUUAAAAAUAGUUAGCUUGUUUUCUAGGUGACUGUAUUCUGUUCAAAUAAAGUCAAAUUAAAUUCCAA